UCAGGAGGGGAAAACCACGCCUCUUGCCGAGAAACUCCGCUGCCCUGAUAUAUAAGCACUGAAGGACUGCCAUACCUCAGAAUAACGCAAGAACUACUGGUGAACACCGAAUCUGUAUCUGUCUGUAUCUAUCUGUCUAUUCUUUAACAAUCUCGAUACACACUUGGAUUACAAUCAUGACACUGGAACUGGAAGAGAUCUUUGGACAGGAGAGCGCACUCGACACCACUGAUAGAGUGCAAAGUGCAGGCACAGCCCUGGAGGAGUUGUUGGUGUCUGCAAAGAAGCAGGACUACCUUACGGUUGGAGUCUACGAGUCUGCCAAAAUUAUGAAUGUUGAUCCAGACAAUGUGGCAUUCUGCGUUCUGGCGACAGACGAGGAGUACGAAUGCGACAUCGCUCUCCAGAUCCACUUCACACUCAUCCAGGCUUUCUGCUUCGAUAACGACAUAAACGUGGUACGCGUUAACGAUAUCGAGCGCCUGGCUGACCUCGUGGGCACAGAAGAGGCCGGCGAACCCAAGGACGCACAUUGCAUUCUUGUCACGAGCCCUGGUGCUGAGUCAUGGAAAGACCCUGCUCUGGACAAACUGCAUCUGUUUUGUGAGGAGAGCCGCAGUGUAUAUGACUGGGUUCCCACCAUCACUCUCCCUGAACGCUGAACAACCAACCCUCUGCAUGCUUCAUUUGUUUAUGAUGAAGAUGAUGAAGAGAGCAUAAAAUGACCGGAACCUCAGGGUUUGAAGUCUGCCUAUUGGAAUACACGGCUGUGGCUGUAACCCAGGACUCAAUGUGCAGUCUGGGAUGGCAGUGCAGGUUCUGGAUUACCCUGUGGAGGGGUCAGGGCUCACAUGUGGACUGGCUCAGGUGUAUGUGGACUGGGCCCAUGUCAUGUCAUUAAAUCCCGGACCAGGGUGAGGAGUUGAACUGGACUGGACUCUGCAGUACAUAGAUCAUGAUCCUAUAGCUGCCCUGACAAGGGCCAAUGGUAAGGGGUGAACUGAGGAGAUCGUCAGAGAAAGAAGGAGAAGGGAGAAGAAACGGAUGAGUGAAAAUGUGUAGGUGGUGGCAGGUGGUGGCAGAAAGACGCGUGAAAGAAGGUGAAUAACACAAGAGAAAGGAAAAUAUUGGACUUUUCUAAAGCCAAUGGGCAAUGCCCGGAUUGAAACUCAAACAUUCACUUUCUUAACAUGAUUUUUUUCUUUAUUAUGUUUGCUGUCAAAUGAUGCUAAAACACAUGCAAUGUUGUUCUGUUUGUUGUGAAACUGUAAAAGCAUUUUACACAAUUUCUUAAUAAAUGCUUUAAACUUUA